GAAGAAAUAGGCCGGAAGACUCUCUGAUCCAAUGUAAUAGUAACGUCACCGCUCGUUUUGAACAUCUGCCGACUAUUUCGUUGAGAGUCGGUGACAAGCGUUAUUCUCCGUGUUAGUUGAAUUGGCUCAACAAAGGUGUCACCGUAGACGAUGCGCGACUUGUCCAACCGUCUUCGUCGUCCAACAAGAAAUGGCACCUUUGACAAGAGCCAGAAGCCUGCCACGAAAAUGGUACGAACGCGGUGGCCCGUCGAAGAACAAAUUGUUUUACUUCUUGGGUGGGACAUGGAUACCGUUCCCAUUGGGAUGAUCGGCUGGGCGAGUUAUCGUUAACACAUGUACCAAUUGUGUACCAGUACAACUUUUGUAGGACACGUUAAGGGGAGUGGUGGUUUGAUGAAUCCCAUGAUUAUUUCCUGACAGUAUCGGUGUACAGUAUCCAAUCUCGGGAUAAGAGUUGUGGUAUAUCCACUACUUGUCGUAUUAUCCAUCCUAGACUGGUGUUUCCCAAACAGGAAGAUCGGGAUUUAGACGUGUUUCCAUUCUGAGUGAGCUUCUCCAUUAGAACACCGAUUGAGC